AUGGGUACUAAUCAGCUUGGUGGGGGUCCACCAAAUGGGGAAUUAUCAACUGGGUCGGUGUCGGAUUUUGAGGUUAGGGAUGGGUCGAGUGAUGGGUCGGGUUUGAGGGGUAAGCCGUUGGUAUGGGGUGAUUUGAAGAAGAAUUCGUCGAUUUUGUCUGGGAUUUUGGUUGCAGCGAGGACUUCUAUGCCAUUGACGAAGAGGGCAAUGGUUAAUUUUAGGUGGGGUGUGAGUUUUCCUUCUGCUGAGUGUGGUGGUGGCGUUUCGGAGGUGAAACCGCAAUUUCCGGUGUUGUUGAUGAAUAAGAUUUCGGUUGAGAGGGUUGAUGAGGUGAAGAGGGAUAAGGAGGAUGAGAGGAAGAGGGUUGAUGAGGGGAAAUUGGGUGAUUUUGAGCUUUUGAAGGGGAUGUGUAGUUGGAUGGGGAGAGAAGUGGAGGAUUUGAAGAGGGAGAAUAGGGAGAUGAAGCAGGCAUUGGAGGGUAUGAGGGGAAAGGUUCCGGUUUCGAGGAGUCGAGGGGAUGGGAGAGAGGGGGAUGUUGUGGGGAAGAGGAUGAUGCCAUUGCCUAUUAUUGAGAGUUCUAGUGAGUUUGAUAAAUGGAGGAGCAAAAAAGGUGGUGGUAAUGGAAAUGGGAAUGGUGGAAAUGAAGAGAAUGGGCAUAGAGAAUCGAAGAAAUCGACGAGUAGAAUGAGUGAAGUGGAAAAUGAAUUGCAAAAGGCCAUCAAAGCUGCUUCGGCUUAA